AUGGCUCCCAUUACUGCAUUGCCUUCUGAGCUUUUCCUCGAAUCUAUUCUCCCCAAUAUCUCUCGCCACGACCUUUGCAGCCUUGCUCUAACCUGCAAAAAUCUCCGGGACAUUGCACAAACUACCUUGUACCAAUCUAUCGAUAUCCGAUGGAGCUUCACGAUAGGAUCGAAGUCUCCUCCUGUUCACAAUUUGCUUAAAACACUCAUCCGCCGCCCUGAGCUAGCGCUGUCAACACAUCAUGCUUGUUUUCAAACCGAUUACCACCCAGUGGACCCUCGGAUAGGGAAUACUGCCCCAAUCGACAAACGCCCUGGAAACGAACUUCUCCUACAUGAUACCAACGGGCUACCUAACGCCCAGGACUUGAAACUUCUCAAGCAGACCGUCGUAGAUGCCGAACUUCCGCAGGUCGACGACUGGAUAGAAGCAUUAAGCAAAGGUUCCAUCUCCGCUUCGAUAGCCCUGAUUGUUUCACGGCUGCUAAACGUCAAGACACUCGAAGUUAGCAUUGUCUUGCAAAAUCGGAGACGCGAACUUUACAGAACGCCCAAGGAUCCAUGGGGCCCAUCAGAUUCAGAGCCAGACUUUUUUGGUCUGAUGCUCCGCCAAACAGUACUCGCGUCUCCGUCGGCCUAUAUCACUAGGUUCAAGGGUCUCGAACAGGUUCGCCUAUUCACCGAUAUUGAGAGAGUCCUCGGUUGCCCUCGUAUCGACCUAGAUCAAGUGCUUCCUAUCUUCUAUGCGCCGCGCCUAAAGGUCGCCGACGUGAAGAUCGACGACCCUAUAGAUGCACAUCGUCGCCAAUCUCCUUGGUCCACAGGCCAACCUCCACGAGGUUCUGACAUGACCUCGCUCCGACUCCACAGAAGCUCUGUUAAUGAGUUGACACUCUCUGCAAUCCUCCCGGUCUUUCCUAACCUUACAACUUUUGAAUUCGACUAUGCGCGCACCUACGACACCAUUGAGUCAGGCGAUAAAUCUAUCACGCCAGGUUUCGACGGGACCAUUAUCAAGGAAGCCAUUGAAUCCUGUUCCUCGUCGCUCGAGAACCUCAGGAUCUCUGUUCAAGCAACCCAGGAUAGCGGGCCACUCAGACCUCACUUUGAUUGGUGGCAUCGUAGUUGUGGCGACAUGCGGAGUUUUCCUGUAUUGAGAUCGCUCAGCAUAUCCAUGGUCAUGCUCUUGGGCUGGUACCCUAACCGUUUGCCAAGGCUUGCAGACGUAUUGCCACGAAGCCUCGAAAAGCUCUGCAUUGAAGACGACUGCCAGUUCCAGGAGAUCGGAUGGAACGAUUUGCGGAUUAUCCGUGAGUUUAAUCACUUCUUUCGGACACCUUGGACAGCUGUUACACCAAAGCUAAAGCUGGUGAGACUGGAAUGCCCCGUGGCGUACUAUGAAUGGAAUGAACCACAGCGAAGACAGUUCCAGGAACUAUGCUCUAAAGAAGGCCUAGAGUGCGAAAUCUGGAAGCACGAAAUGGAUAGCACUGAGAGUGAGAGGGAAGAAGAGUAUGAGCAGAGACACGACAGCUCCGAUGGAGAUUAGUUGCUUUUUCGAUGCUUUUCUCAUUACGGUACGGGACCUGAAUAGAGCUGAAUGUUUCUGAUCCUCAUGUUUUCAUUGUUCGCGACAAAACAUCUUACAGCUU